AUGGAGUUGGUCAAUGGGACCACAGUGCAGGAGUUCAUUCUCCUGGGCUUCAGGGUUGGACAGCAGGGACGCCUGCUCCUUCUCAUCUUCUUCAUAGCUGUCUACACCCUCACUUUGGCAGAGAACUUCAUCAUCACCAUGCUCGUAGUUCAAGAUGCUCACCUGGCCCGGCUUCCCAUGUACAUCCUCCUUGGCAAUUUCUCCUGGUUGGAGAUGUGUUAUGUGAGUGCUACAGUGCCCCGUAUGCUCUUUGACCUGUCCUUCGAAUGGGGUGCCAUCUCCUUCCAUGCCUGCUUCCUCCAGUUCUACGUCUUCUUCUCCCUCGGAAAUACUGAGUGCUUCUUCCUCUCAGCCAUGGCCUUGGAUCGCUACUUGGCCAUCUGCCACCCCCUGCGCUACCCACAAAUAAUGUCCCAAGAUUCCUGCUAUGCCCUGGUGACUGCUUGUUGGGUCCUUGGCUUUCUGUGGUAUAUUGCACCAGUGUUCUUGAUUUCAAGGUUGUCUUUCUGUGGCCCUAGAACCAUUGACCAUUUUGUUUGUGAUCCAGGCCCAAUCUUGGCCCUGGUUUGCCCCCCACUGGGGUAUGCUCCCUUCAUCUACUAUGUAUUUGUAUCCUCUGUGGUUCUGGCUACCUUCCUCUUCAUUUUGGUCUCCUAUAUAUGUAUAGGUGUCACCCUGGUGAAAACCUCUAGCCAAAGCAGAUGUAUGAAGGGCUUCUCCACAGUGUCUUCCCAUCUGGCAGUAGUGACACUUUUUUAUGGCUCUGUGGUAGCCAUGUAUGUGGGGCCCAAUGGAGAAAGUCAUGCAGUGGUCACUAAGGUGGUGACUCUCUUCUACUCUGCUGUUACCCCACUGCUCAACCCCUUGAUCUACUGUCUUAGGAAUGAUCAGGUAAAGGAGGCGUUGGCCAAAUUAUUGAGAAGAAAGAGGAUGAUGCAGGGAAAGAGAAGGAAGAGGGAGCAGUGUUAA